UUCCACCGAAAGAAGAGAGGUAGAAAAAUCAAAGUUAGCCCUUGUCUGGAUCCAUGAUGGCCGCCUGACAAGUUUUCCUAUUUCCCUAAGUGACACUGUUUAUAUCAAACAAUGAAUUAUUUCGUCGAUAAACUUAAAUAACAGGUUUUUUCAGGCCACAAUAUCUUUUUAACACGCGAUUUACGAACCGCUCCAACCCUUUAAGGAAACAAGACUCGAUGCAGUGGAUGCUAUAUGUUUCAGAAUCUAUUGUGUUCUAGUGGGCUUCACUGUCGUACCAAUCGACCGAGUUGUUGGAUUUGAGUCGUGUUGUCUUGAAAUCCUGAGUUGACGAUACAGUGGCAAUCUUAUUUCGAUGACAAGCAAUACUGCUACUCUUAAUUCAAGUUUUUCACUGUGUAUACUCAUUGUUGAUAUCUUAUUUUUUUUCAACCACACUUCACCAAAUUUUUGUGAUGAUGGCAGCUAGUAAUGUGAAUUCAAACCACAGCUCAGCUCCCUUGUCGAAAUCAAAUGCCAAUUUUACUCCCAAGACAAAUGAACAAACAAAUGCCAUGGAUAUAGAGCAGCUUCAACACAUGAUUAAUUGCACAGUGAAGAAAAACCCUAAAGCGGAGCUAAGUAAAUCUGACUUGCUUCGUUUACUGGGCUAUCUUGAAGGGGAGCUACAAGCCAGAGAUGUAGUGAUUGCAACAUUAAAGGCUGAACGUGUUAAACAGCAAGUCAGUCAUGCUCGUUAUGGACGCAUUUUACCCGUCAACGACCCGUUCAUCGCUCUCCAACGUGAUUCACGCUCUGCCACCGUUGGUGGCUCGUCUACCGAUGAUACGGCUCUUUUAAAAGCUGUUACCGAAGGGCCAAUGGCAGCCCUAGAAGCCCUCGUAGUCCAACACAGAAACUCUCAUGUUAAUCUCAUUCAAGCCAUGCAAGACGCCGAGGCACGCCACUCACAGGUGCUUCGUGAAUUAGACGACGAGAGAAGGAAGCAUGAGCAUGACACUGCCCAAGGUGACGACAUCACUUACGGACUGGAAAAAGAACGGACGAGACUUCGAGAGGAAUUGGAAGUGGAAAAGCAAUCAAAGAAAAAACUUGAAAAAGACAUCAAAAAGCUGCAGGAGACAUUGGAUGAGGAGAGACAGAGACAAAAACAAAUUGUUUUGUUAUUGUUGACUGAACGCAAAAAACUUAUUCUCAAAUACGUCGAGGAAAGGAACAAGUCGGAAGACUUGGCUCAGAUAUUAGGCGAGGAGAAGGGACGCGUUGAUACGAUGGCUGAAGGUUUGGAAGAAGAGAGCCAAAAAGCUUUACAAAUGGAAGCAGAAUUGGAGAAACAGCUGGCUCUGUUUGACACUGAAAGAGCACAACUAAAAGCUCAGCUACAACGGGAAGAAAAGCGGACAAAGGAACUAGAAUUGGUCAUUGAGAAACUUCACACAGAGGUCGACAACCUGAAGAAACAACAAGCAGAAGCUCACCAAGUGGCCAUGUUCCAAGCCGGACUCAAUCAGCCUAAUAGCCCUCCCAGAAUUACCACAACCAAUCGAAACAGCUUACCCUCGGGAACUUCGACCCUUAUAUCUCCAGCUGGCAGCAUCACCAUGGGACCGCAACUUCCAUCAAAACCCGCAAUUGUUCCUCCGCAAACUCCUCCGCGUUCCGUCAAUUCUACAAUCGUCAGUAGCAGCCCAGUCAGUAUAUCUCGUACCAGUCCAUCAGCCUCAAUCCCUCUCAACUCGGCCACUGGCCUCGUCGUAUUAGGAACAACUGGCAAAGUUGUCCAGCCAAUGGCUCUUGUUAGUAGCACUCCUGUCCAAGCACCAACGACCGGAAUCGCCCGAGCCGUUAGCCCGUCUGCAGGAGGAAUCCGCAACGUACAGUACAAUUUAGGCGGAAUGGCUGCAGUCAAUACGAGUCCAUCGGGGUCUUCCAGAACUCUGCCACCUCCACCAGUCUCAACCGCUGCAACUAGUAACGACACAGUUGAUGUUACUCCGGCCAGCCGUGGAACUUCAGUAGGAACAAUGCAAAUUUCACCCCGGGUGGCGGUUUCAGCUUCCGCCGGCACGAAAGUCUUCACGACGACCAAUAAUGAAGGCAAAGUCACUUUUCACGUCACAACUAGUGCCACGUUGCCCACAUCCACAUCAGUUGGGACAACCGGAACGGCUAUUUCUGCCCAGCCGACGACGCCAAAAAAAUCAGCGGCUAUUGCACGAGGGGUUCCACCGCCGGUGCCACCCAAUAAGCCGGUCAUUCCGCCUAAGAAAUCUUCCACUGCCACUGCGAUGUCCAUGGCCAGCAGUUCCGUUUCAGGUCAGAUUAUCAACCCUUGCGGUGUGGUUAUAUCUUGUUCCAAUAACCCACAGGUGACCACCGUUGACCACGGUCGGCCUAUCAGCUUAGAGGUGCAUCCGCUGCACAAGGCUGGCCAAAUCGGUUCUCAUCAGGGUGUCAAAUUUGGCAUCACCAUUUCCAAAGAUAAGAUUCAAAUCAGCAGCAAUCCCUCCGAACAGGGAUUAGCGGACCAAGAAGUCCGUGAAGCUAUCGUGCAGGUGGGUGAUGGUGUAGAUGGUAGCGGUGGCAGCCAAUCGCCCGGGCAUGAGAUUUCUGAAGACAGUUCUUCUCGUUCCCCUCUUACUCCCUUGUGUCUUGCUUUGCUGGAAAAAGAACUGGACGACUUCCAGCAGCUCCUCAGCAGCAUGGCCACUCCCACUUCUUCUUUCGCCCCCUCGUCUCUUCUUUCAUCAGGUUCCACUGGCUUGACAUCAUCUACUGCUUCCAGCGCCCCUGCAGAAGAGAGCAGUGGCGUAAUGUUACACAUGGGUGUUUGAUUUGGCCGACAGAUAAAGGACCAAGAUAGCUUUUUAAAUAUUGACAACAACAAAAUCAAGCAUUAACAAAUUCAUCUGUUGAAAAGAGAAGAAGAAAACGCUCGGGUUUUAUUCGUCGUGUCUAGUCGUUCUCAUUUCCAUCCACGCAAAAGUUUUAGUUGCUCUUCUUUAGCCCUUAUCUUUGAGUAAUUUUUGGGUCUUAAGUGAUUUACCUGACGACCAUCACUUCUCAUGUGCACGAUUUCAACGGUUUUGUUAAUGAGUUUUUCCUAACCUGACGACUACAACAAGAAAAAAAAACUUCGUAUGUAUGCGUGUUAUAGGCAUAUCAUGUAAUUCGAAACUGACGUACUAUAUAUAAUUACCUCCCCCCUGGAUCGGACGUUGCUGUCUACAUUUAUACUCGGAACCCCAUAACUUUGUAAAUAUUUACAUAUAAUAUAAUCUAUGCAUCCAUACAUGAUAAACGGGAACGUGGCAGCUUCACGAAGCAUUGACAACAGGCAGAGUGAAUUCCAUUUUUAGCACACCCUUCUUGUGACGUGACGUGAAGAAAAGAAAGACGGACCUCCCCCCAACUGAGUCAGAAUUUUUAUUGUUACUAUGUAAUUCCCUGUAAAAUAAAAAAAAAACUAGAAACGUAAAGGAAAAAUAAACAUGGAAUCUGA